GCACAAAUAGAAAACGAAGGCCAUUUCUGAUCAGUAUUUUACGCCUGGCAGACAUGAAUCUGUUUUUAAUACUUUGUAAUGUUAUUACUAUUGUUUUAUCUAAACAAACGACUAAGCAUUGUGAUGGUGUUAUUGUGCAUGAAAAAUGCCAUAAAGCAGAAGUGUUGACCGACGGACUAGACCGACCUUACCAGUUGUCAUAUGCUAACUUAACCGACAGUUUAUACUUCAGUUACAACAUAGGCUUUCAUAAUACGAGUAGCUUCGCGAUCGGCUUCAUCAAUAUUGGGAAACAUCAAAAGAUCCCGACACCAGUAAAUGUCACAAACGGAUUUGCUACUGCAGUGGAUCAUGAGAAUAAUAUCGUCUACAUAGGCGGCAGUGCGGGCAUUUUCAUGGAUGAUCUUGAUCAUGACAGUAAUUCGACGAAGCUCAAGCCAGUACAUUUGAACUGUGAUAUUUGGGACUUGUUCUUUAAACAUCAUUUAUACUUCAUCAGCUAUCCAAAAAUGAGGUUAUUUAAAAUUGAGAAUAAUAAAGCAGAACUGCAAGAUCAUAUUCACGAAAAAAUAUAUCAAUUUGUAAUAGAUAAAGACGAAGAUAUAUUUAUAACAAAAAAAGGGGGAUUAUUUAUGAUUAGAAAUGGAACAAACGAACGCAUACUGAUUAAAGGUGCGAAGACUUUUCGAGCCAUUGAGUUAAAUCGCGAUGGAGAAGCUUAUUUUUGUGGGCAGAACGAGAUAUACAUCGCAAAUAAACACCAUCAUGUUUUGGAGAAAAUAGCAAAAGUAAAAAAUAUAUUCGGCUUAACGUUCGACAGUAAGAAUAAUAUGAUAAUUUCAGACCCGCUUCAAAUUAUAAAAUUUACUUUGCACGAAACAAAGUCUGGACAUAAAUGAAUAUAUUAGCCCGUCAAGCAAUACUAAUAAAUAAUGAUUAUUUAGAAGUAAUUGUAAUAAUAUGUUUUAAAGUAAUUUUUACAAUUUAAUUUCUUAAUUUUAAGAACUCUGCACUAUUAUAUGUAAUAUUAAUAAACUUACAUUUACUCAAUGUACAUAGGUACAUUGAGUAAACGUAAUGUAAGUAAUUAAAAUAUGACAAGUAUAUAGGUACCUUAUAGGUGGUUGUUCAUAUGAGUUUUUUUUUUCUGAACUGUUUUUGAGUAGCAGAUUACAGAGAUAUGCCAAUGCGUUAUUAAAAUUUGAUCUAAAGUUACCUACGAAUAUGUAAUUUCCAGCACCAAUGAGUUUAAUCUUUUGUGAAAAUACAAGGACAUGUCUAUAAGGAGAAAAUUGAAACGAGUUUUAAUUAUUCGAAAAUUAGAUUUGCCGCUAAAUGAAUUUAGGGCGUGGGUGGGCGCUUGGAAGCCAUAUUACUUGUUUGUUCAGAUGGUAGGUAUACACGGAAUUUCGGCAAUUCUUCGAAUAAUCUUGUUAAAUGUUCUAUGUCCCGCUCCUGCUAAUGAAACCACGUAUGAUUUGGCAUUGCAUUUAUUUUUAAAUAUUUAUAACCUAUUUAGAUAUUUAAAAUCUUUGGUAAAUGUAAAUACAAUUAAAUACAAUAUUUUAUCUUUCUUUAA